AUGCUUCAACUCCUCAUCCCAUAUAUCUCCUCUCUCUCUCUACUACUGUUUGUCUGUGUGUCUCUCACAGGCACACAAUGGCUUUCUUAGUGAAUUUUCUUGCUUUUCAUUUUCUCUUCACCUUUUUCCACUACUCAUCAUUUGCAGUCAAUGUUAAUUACAAUGUUCAAACUUUGGGAGCAAAACCAGAUGGAAAAACUGAUUCCACAAAAGCAUUUUUGAGAGCAUGGACCUCAGCCUGUUCCUCUGCACAGCCAGCCACGAUUCAUGUGCCAUCAGGAAGAUUCUUGCUUGGUGCCACAAGUUUUUCCGGCCAAAAAUGCAGAAGUCGGGCUAUAACGCUACGCAUUGAUGGCACUCUUGUAGCUCCAUCUAAUUAUAACACGAUUGGGAACUCAGGUACCUGGAUCAAGUUCAAAAGAGUGACCGGAGUUUCCGUCAUUGGUGGAACCCUAGAUGGCCAAGGGGCUAAUUUGUGGGCUUGCAAGAAUUCCGGUAGGAGUUGUCCUAAAGGAUCAACGACACUGGCUUUCUACAAUUCCAAAAACAUUAGGAUCAGUGGAUUGUCUUCAAUAAAUAGCCAGAAGUUCCACAUUCUGGUUUAUGGAAGUCAAAACGCUAAUCUGGUGGGAAUAAAGGUUUCAGCGCCAGGAAACAGCCCAAACACUGAUGGAAUUCACGUGGAGAAAUCAACACGAGUCAAGAUUAUGAACUCAAAAAUUGGCACCGGCGAUGAUUGUGUCUCUAUAGGCCCUGGAACCUCCAACCUGUGGAUCGAGAACGUCGCCUGUGGCCCCGGCCAUGGAAUAAGCAUUGGGAGUCUGGGAUGGGAAUUGCAAGAACCUGGAGUGCAAAAUAUAACAGUUAAAUCAGCUACAUUUACAGGAACUCAAAAUGGGGUGAGGGUGAAGACAUGGGCCAGGCCAAGCAAGGGAUUUGUUAAAUAUGUUCUUUUCCAGCAUAUUGCAAUGGUUAACGUUGAAAACCCAAUAAUUAUAAACCAAAAUUAUUGUCCCGACAACAACAAUUGUCCUAAUCAGGUUUCUGGUGUAAAGAUUAGUGAUAUAACAUAUCAAGACAUACAUGGGACUUCAGCAACCGAAAUUGGAAUGAAAUUUGAUUGCAGCAAACGAUAUCCAUCUUGUGGAUUUUGUGGGUUCAAUGAAAAGGUGAUUCUUUUGAGUUUUGGAGUGAUUGCUGAAGUUCAAGUUUUACCUUUGUGCCAAUACAAGAAACCCAGGACUGUAUCAGUAGCAACAGCAGGGCAGUUUGUCGGCCAGCAGCAGGGGAUCCUAUCAGUGUGA